GAGCUCCAAUGAGAAUGAGGCAGCGCUGUAGGCGGGGUUUUAACUUGCACUUGCGGAAGACAAGCUGCGGAUUGAAAGUCAAGUCUGAUUUGGACGGAAGUUCGUGCACGUCUCGAUCUGAAGUGCUGUUUUUGAUUUUUGGAUCCAGGUUCGAGGAGAGUAAAUUAAAAGGUUCACCUUACAAAAUCUGACAAACUGAAGCAGUGUGAAGAUGGCAUAUGCAGGUGACCGGCUGUAUAAUGAGGUUAUCAGGAGAAAGAUGGGUGAUUUGGCCUCAAAAGUCAGAGCGAGAGAAAUCAUAGCUUACUUGCCCUGCCUCACACUUUCUGAUCGGGAGGAGAUAGAGGCUAAAAGAGAAACCGCCGGAAACUACUGUGCUAUAAUGGUGCUGCUUGACAACUUACGCAGACGAGAGAACUGGCCUGAUCAGUUUAUCUCAGCACUGCGGACAUGCGAACAGUGGGCUCUGGCCGAUGAGCUCAGUGAAGCUUAUGACAGAAUAAGGGGAAUCCACACCCAGAGAACAGCCACCACUGCUGCUUCAGCUCCUGUUCUUCCUGCUGCACCUGUCAGCCCUGCAGCACCUCCUGCUCCUGCGCCUGCCCCUGCUGCUGCUGCACCCAGUCCAGCCCCAUCUCCAGCAGAAGCUUCAGCAACAGUUACCACGGCGACAAUCCACAAUGUCCCACACUCCACACCACCCUUGCUGACUCCUUCACUGGAAGCCUCAGCUCAGUCAGCUACUCCUUCUCCUAUAAAUUCACCCCCAGGUCCCAACAUAGCUGCUCCAGCCUUGACUGAAGCCCCUGCUUUAGUUUCAGCCCCAGAUGGUCCAGUACACCCUCCUCCUGAAUCAGCCCACCAUGCUGAACCCCCUCUGUCAGUCUUAGCUCCAGAUGCAAGGCCCCCUUCUCCAGUCUCUGCUCCUACAUUGACCCCUUCUAUUGGGCAAAGUGAAGUCCCAGUCAACUCCAGAGAGACAUCCAAACUGGAUAUCUCAGGUGCUUCUGCCCCUAUAAAUUCUCCCCCAGAGUCCUGUUGUAACAUAGCUUCUCCAGCCUUGACUGAAGACCCAGCCCUAGAGGUUUCAGUACAGCCUCCUCGUGGACCAGCCCACCCCGAUGAACCCCCACUGUUGGUAUUAGCACCAAAUGCAAUGCCCCCUUCUCCAGUCUCUGCUCCUAAGGUGACCCCCUCUGUUGGGAAAAGUGAAGUCCCAGCUGGCUCUAGAGAAACACCCACACUGGGUAUCUCAGGUGUCCUAACUAAUACUGCCCCUUCUGGACCAUCCUCAGUUGCUGCACCUGCCCUUCCAACUAACCUAACAUCCACGUCCUCCCAGGUUAACAAACCCGCCACCACUUCUCAGUCUUCUGCUUCACCUGAGAAGAGCAAAGUUCCAGUCGUAGAGAGCUCCAGGUCUGUGAAACACCCUGUCCAGGACACAAACCCUCCAGGGAUUGUCUUAGCCCCAGACUCGCAGAACAACCCAACAAUCAAUCAGGUUGUAGAGAGGGUACACCCUGCAGUGUCGCCAAACUGCCAGACUCAGGAAACAUCCCAGGGAACAGCACAGGCCUCAUCUUCAGCAUCUACAGAUGCCGUUGCUGGCUGCUUGUCCAACACAGCAGAAAACGAGAAUUUUAGCAAGCCAGGUGUCCUAAGAGGAGAGGAACCAUACUCAGUCAGUUCUGAUCAGCUGCAGAUCAGCAAUGUGACCACGGAACAUUCACCAAUCCAACCAGCUGUGUCCAACCCCCACAGGGCUGAAGAACCUGUUGACGGGUCUGUCUCAGUCACUACUGAUGAUCUGAUGAUCAGCUCUUCCACCACAACUGUUCCAACACAGCGUGUUUCUGAUCCUAUAGCCCCUGUUCCAACGCUUAUUCCUAGGGCAGUGGAAAAUUCCUUUCCAGAAGGUGAUAGGAAUUCCUAUCCCCAUCAGCCAGUGGAGGACCACUAUGAGUCUUUCUGUCAAAGUUUGCAGACAGAGCCAGGGACAAGAGUGCAUAUUGUUGAAGUUUCUGAAGGGCCAUCAAUCCAAAAUCUCAAUGGUCAGCCUCCAAGCAUGGUUGGAGCAACUGCAAUAGGCUUAAGCCGCAAUAGUGAAAGUGAGGGUCUUGUUCAGUCUGUUUCUGAACAUCAACCUAGCUUGCACAUCCAGGUCAGCUCACAGUGCAUAAAGGGAAAUAAUGCCAGUGAUCUGGCUAGUCCUACUGCAGGUUUAACAACCUAUGCAGAGCCAGCCCCAGCUAAUUUUCAAGAGUCAGAAUUAAAUGCUUCAGGCCAGAUUAACCUCCCUCGAUCAGAGCAGAGGGACGAGUCCCAGGGAGCGCUCCACCGAUUUCUGUCUAAACCACACCUUAUUGCAGCUGCAGCUGUUGGCAUCUCUGCUGUUUUUGUGGCCUGGAGGCUCAAGUAUUAAUAUCGGGGCAGCUAUGCGCCACCACCGGUGCCUUAAAACAAAUUGUCUUACCGUAAGACAUGUACCACAGGGUUGCUCUGGCCAUUUUAUUGUUUUGUUAUUUGUUGUUUUAUUUAUUACCUUUACACUAUAUCAUGUCCCGUAACUGACCAAGUUACACUGACCAAGUAACCAACCCUGUGCUUGUGAUGAUCAUGUGGAGAUUUAAAUCAGUGAUUAAACCAGUAAACCUGGUAUUUACCACUUUGAUUUCAAACUUACUGACAGUUGGUUAACUCAGCUGCAUGUGCAUCAUGUAAUCAGUUAAAUGUAUUGCUUGUGUGAUCUAUGCAAUAACACAUUUUAUUUCAUUCAAGCAUUUUCAGUCAGCCAGUCUGUACAUAUUAAGCAUACUGCCUCACAAAACGUUCAUUUCCUAUGGCUCCUUCUGCAAUGUACUGCACUCUAAUUUGAACUCUCUUACAGACAUCAUCUAGAAUAUGUGCAUAGUAGAAAGCACUGAAUGUGUUGUCAUUGUAUCUAGCGUUAAGGCACCAAGUGCCACAAACUCAUUCCAAGUGGAAUCUUAUGCUGUCCUUACAGAAGACCCAGUGAAAACCUGUGAAGGUUAUUUUGGGAAAUGAUCAGACUUUUCUCACCUCCAAACCGAUCCUUAUACCAAAAGCAGAAACUUUCUUGUAUUAUAAAUAUAUGUUAACGUGGGGAUUAACUCUUUGCACUAAAGCUUAAAGACUAAGUACAGUCUUAAUGGAAUGUGGCUGUGAAUGCAGGACUAUGGUUAUACAAGUGAAUAAUUAAAUUAUUCCACCACUGGUAUAUUAACUACUUCCCACAUCAUAAUAUGAGUUGCCCAUAUUUGUAUAGCUAUAUCAGCUAUGCUAUAUUUGUAAUUCAAAUCAUCAAGUAUGAUUCCAUAUCCUGUUUCACCUUAAUUUUAAUUUAAAUUUAUACAAAGUGCUAUGAUCAAAAAGGUCAUUAUAAAUUUGCAGACUUGUUUGGUAUUUUCAUGUUUUCACCAAAACAUUGUGUAGAGGUAAAUAUUAUAUAUUUAUGGCAUGUAGUCCAGUGCACAUACAUUUGCCAGCCAUGUAUAAUUGGUGCCUAUCUCUCUUUGUAAUGUGAUGCUUAUAAGUACCAUCUUAGUUGGCUAAUUGUUUAUAAGCCUUUCUUGCACUCUUUUAAUGAAACUGAGAUUUCAUCAGUAUACGCUGAGUUGUCACUUUAUUUAUGUACACCUUGACUGUUGUGGCUACUUUUAGGUCUAAGGUUUUAAUAGAUGGGUUAACUUCUAUUAGAGGAUAACUGCCUAGCAAUGGAUGGGCUACAGACAGUAAUUGUAUACAUACAAAGUGCACCCAUAUGCUGCAUGGGCAUGAAUAAACAGCCAGUAAUUGUAGUUACAAAGCAGGUGUACCAAUAAAGUAACGAUUCCAUAGGUGUAGCUAUAAAAUAAUAAUUCGGUUUAUGCUCUGUAUGUCUUAUUUGCUCUAAAGUCAGAUAUAAAUUAGCAUGUUUAUGAAAUAAUUGUAAGCAAAGGAAAGGUGGGAAUUAAAUAAAAACGGUAUCUGGGGAAAAUAU